CUGAAGCUGGGAAUUGACUUAGAGGCACUUCCAAAGAAAAGGGAACAUAAAUCUAACAAGUUGAUGAACCCUGAUGAAGGCUAUGACCUCUCUUGGCUAUAUGCAGAGAGGCAAAAAUAUGUCGUAUAAGGGUCCUUGGGAAUGGACACAAUCUUUCAGCUGCCUCUAAAGUUCCCUCAAAAAUGAGAAGAAUGCAGCAAUUGUUAAAUAUUGAGCCAGGUGCAGGUGAUAGCACUGUUGGUCGGGAUGAGGAAGCUCCAGUCCUUGUUGAUAUUGCCGGGAAAAAAUCAAAGCUCCUGGUAGUGGGGGGAAAGAUGAGCAAUUAUAACAAUGCCGUAUUAGAGGAUGCUGGAGUGCUCGCUGAAGGAUUAGUUGGGCUUAGAAUAAAGGCCUGGUGGCCAUUUGAUGAGAUGUUCUAUGAUGGCCUAAUUCAAUCUUACAACCCUCUAACGAAAAAGCGCAAGGACAUGGUAAUUCUUCCUUACAAAGACAGCCUUCUGUUAUUCAGUUGGUAUCUGCAACAAUUUGAUUUGGAUGGCAAUCGGGUCAAUCAAGGGCUUACUGUUUAUGGGAAUAAAGGAAGCACAGAUCAGCAUGCGGAAUGGGCUAUGCUCUAUAUGCCAAUGAUCGUGAGUCUAUAAGUCACCGUUGAAGAAGUGACCCCUAGAUCAGUGGGGGCUCUUAUAGCAUUGUAUGAGCGAGCAGUUGAGAUAUUCGCCUCAUUAGUUAAUAUUAAUGCCUAUCAUCAACCUGGUGUCGAAGCUGGGAAAAAGGCAGCAGCAGAAGUAUUUGCUCGUCAUAAACGGGUUCUGGCUGUACUCAGUGAGGCCAGGUAUCUUACUAUAACAAGCUUGUCUAAGAUGGAAACUAUCAGCUCUUAAGGAACGGGGAACACUUAAAGAAACUAUUGAGUGGGGGGUGGUAGAAACAUGGAUAAGAAGAAAGC